CAGGACCCCAUUCCGGUGCGGCGGGACCAAUGGGCUCCGGCGAAUAGCUCGAGCACCUCGAGCUCGCCGGAAACAACCGAGGCGGCGCGGCGUCUGUUCUCCCCGGCGUGAUGGCGAUGCAGGGGACAGGCAACGGAUCUCCAAGCCGACCCAACAUUUCCGUGCCCGGUCGUUGAACGCAGCGGUGGUCCCGUCUCGUCCUCCAAGGCAUUGGGAACCUGAGAGGCAGAGGCUCGGCCAGCGACGGUGGGUAGCGAACUGGCGCCUGGUUCCCGGGUUGCUAUUCUCCGGGAGGAGGCGCUCCCGUUGCCAUGGGUGCGCGGCGGCGGCUUCGCCAGGGCUCUGGACGGCUCCAGCUGCUGUUUUCCUUCCUCGUGCUGCUGCUCCAGGCACAGGCCAGCGUCGGCGCGGCUUCGAUCAACGGUGAAGGAUUGGCGUUGCUGGAACUGAAGGUGAGGGUGGAAGCUGAUCCCCAUGGCGUAUUCCAGGAUUGGGACCCCAUGGACAGCAGCCCAUGCAGCUGGUCUGGCGUGCGAUGCUUUGACGAUAAAGUAGAGAUUCUGAACUUAACAGGCCGGCAAUUGGCUGGAACUCUCGCACCCGAGAUCGGGAGCCUCCGAGGUCUAAAAUCCCUUUUACUUCCAAAGAACAACUUCCGCGGGCAAAUCCCCAGAGAAUUUGGAGGGCUGUCUGCUCUAGAAGUGCUAGAUCUGAGCAGCAACAACCUGGAUGGAACAGUUCCAGAAGAACUAUGGGCUAUGCCACUGCUCAAACAACUAUCCCUUCAUGAUAAUCAGCUCCAAGAAGGCGUCCAAGCAAUAGCUGAUGAUCAGGCAGGAUGCUUGAGCAGAAAACUAGGGUGCUGGUCUUUGCUGUACAAGUGGGACUUUAAGGAUUGGAUCUCUCUCGGUGGUCUCCGAGAGAAAGAUAACACCAAUGUACCAAAUUUCAGUGAGGCAGACGUAAUGCAUAAUUUGCAGUCAUUUGCAAGUGUCAUGCGCCGCAGGCUUCUUAGUGAAAAUGACAACCUGGCUGCUCUUUUGGGAAAUGAUGACAAAUCUUCUGAUCUGCAAAACCUAAAAGAAAUUCAGAGAUCUGUUGACGUGAAUUCUGUAGGAAGUGGCUCGUUCUCUGCAUUUCCGGGAAUAUAUGGCCAAGCUCUGGCACCUUUGCUUCCUGAAGAUAUUGAUGCUACCACAGUUCAGCAGCUGUCUACAGAUGUGACCCAGACCACUAAUGUAGAGAUGUCUGGUACAACGUACAGCAAGUGGGCAUAUAUUAUCACAAUUCCUGCUGCAAUAUUGCUCAUUAGUCUCAUAGUUCUGAUUUUGGUUUUGCGGAAGCGAGGGCGUGCACCAGUAGCCCCUUGGAAAACAGGGCUAAGUGGCCCUAUUCAGAAGGCCCUCGUAACAGGUGCCCAAAAACUGAACAGAGCUGAACUCGAAGUUGCCUGUGAAGAUUUUAGCAACAUCAUCAAUACUUUUCCUACCUGUACUGUAUUCAAGGGCAUAUUGUCAAGCGGGGUUGAGAUUGGUGUUGUCUCCACUACCAUAUCGUCGAGCAAAGACUGGUCCAGGAGUGCGGAAUCAUGCUUCAAGAAAAAGAUAGAUAGACUGUCAAGGGUCAACCACAAGAACUUCAUCAACCUCCUUGGCUAUUGCCUAGAAAAUGAGCCUUUCACGAGAAUGAUGGUGUUUGAGUUCGCUCCACAUGGUAGUCUCUCACAGCACCUUCACGUCAAAGAGUUUGAGCAUCUGGACUGGGCUGCGAGGAUGAGGGUCAUCAUGGGCGUCGCAUACUGCCUUCAAUACAUGCACCAUGAGCUCAGUCCACCUAUGGCGAUCCACGACGUGCGGUCUGACACAACCUUCAUUUCAGAUGAUUAUGCUGCCAAGAUUGCAGAUGUUGGUGUAUGGAACGAGCUUGCUGCCAAAGCGAAGGCUGGAAAGGAGGACGGCAGCAGCCGUGCUGAAGCUCCUCCGGAUCUCCCAAGCAACGCCUACUGCUUCGGCGCGCUCAUGAUCGAGACCAUAUCCGGGAGGGUUCCUGACCCGUAUGAUCACAAACCCAUAUGCAGCUGGGCUUCUGAGCAUCUGAAAGACAAGAACUACGGCAAGCUCGUGGACGCGUCGCUGAAGGAGCACAAGGAAAGCGAGCUGGAGGCCGUCUGCGAGGUGAUCCAAGAGUGCAUCGACCCUGACCCGACGCGGCGGCCGUCGAUGAGAGACGUCGUGGGCAAGCUGCGAGACGCUCUCGGCAUCUCGCCCGAGGCGGCGGCGCCGCGGCUGUCGCCGCUCUGGUGGGCGGAGCUGGAGCUGCUGUCGGUGAAGUCAACCUAGUGUGGAGAACGCUGUGUAUACUGAUACUGUACCAACAUGUUCCAACGCUCCUCUAG